CGAGGGGCGCGGGCCAUGAUGGGGCGCUUCCGUAAAGAUGGCGGCGGCCCGAGGCGUCCGGCUGGCGGCCUGGGGCGCGAGCCUGCGGCGCGGGGUGGCUGCCUGCCGGAGUGGCGUGCCGGGCCCUGGCCCCUUGGCGGCAGCAGUGGCCGGCGUGGCGCUGACAGGAGCGGGAGUGGCGUGGCACCACGGCCGCGUGAAUGUGACGGCGCCCGAGGGCAGCCUCACGGUUUUGGCGCAGAAAAGCGGAGACAGUAGAGACAUGAUGGGGAAGUUGUCUCUCCGUAAGCAGCGCUUCAUGCAGUUUUCGUCACUGGAGCACAAGGGGGAGUUUUAUAUGACACCACGGGACUUCCUCUUCUCGGUGAUGUUUGAGCACGUGGAACGUAAAACAUCAGUCAAGAAGCUGACAAAAAAGGAUAUGGAGAAUGUGUUGGCAGCAGUGCAAAGAGCUGGUUGUGGACCGAACUUUUUCAGAGACCUUGGCGAUAAAGGGCUCAUUUCAUAUACUGAGUAUCUUUUCUUGCUUACAAUCCUCACUAAACCCCAUACUGGGUUUCAUGUUGCUUUUAAAAUGUUGGAUGCAGAUGGUGAUGAAAUGGUUGAGAAAAAGGAAUUUUUUAAGCUACAGAGGAUCAUAAGUAAACAAGAUGACGUGAAGAUGAGAACUAAUGACACAGAAUGCCAGGAACCAACAGUGAAAGAACCUGAAAUUAACACAACCCUUCAGAUACAUUUCUUUGGAAAGAGAGGAGAAAGAAAACUUCAUUAUAGAGAAUUUCGAAGAUUUAUGGAAAAUCUACAAAUAGAGGUCCAAGAAAUGGAAUUCCUUCAGUUUUCUAAAGGUUUGAGUUUCAUGAGAAAAGAAGACUUUGCUGAGUGGCUCCUUUUUUUCACUAACACUGAAAAUAACGACAUUUAUUGGAAAAAUGUGAGAGAGAAGUUGUCAGCAGGAGAGAGCAUUAGUUUGGACGAGUUCAAGUCGUUUUGUCACUUUACAACCCACCUGGAAGACUUCACUAUUGCCAUGCAGAUGUUUAGCUUAGCUCAUCGCCCUGUCCGAUUAGCGGAGUUUAAGAGAGCAGUGAAAGUAGCCACAGGACAGGAGCUCUCGGACAACAUUUUGGACACCGUGUUCAAGAUCUUUGACUUGGAUGGUGAUGAGUGUCUCAGUCAUGGAGAGUUCCUGGGAGUGUUGAAAAACAGGAUGCAUCGAGGCUUAUGGGUACCACAGCAACUAAGUGUACAAGAAUACUGGAAAUGUGUGAAAAAAGAAAGUAUUGGAGGAGUAAAAGAAGUCUGGAAACAAGCUGGAAAAGGUCUUUUAUAGGAGAUCAUGUGGGAAUUUUAUUGCUCCGAUUGUCAGAAUUUGGGAAUUUUUUUUUAAGUACCAGAUGUUGACCUUCUUAAGUCUUCACUGAUUUUUUUUUUUUUGUAAUAUAAAGAUGCCUUGUUUGCUUUCUGAUUCAAUAAUAUCUUAAUAACAUUUAAUUAAUGAACUUAGUAAAAAGAAAAGACAAUAUUCUUCUACAAAAACAGAUUCUGUCAGAAGGCCUAGAAUUGAAGUAAUGCUUUGUACUUGAUGAGAUGGAAAACCUAGUUAUUCGCUGAUUUCUUAGAUACAGUAGCACAAUAUGCUGUCUGGAGGGGUCAGCAGUAAUUAUAGAAACAAGUAACUGACAUACAGGCCAGUAUCAAUUCUACAAGUCCUGAUGCGCCUCGCAGGCAAAAUAAGUUAAUAUUUCAGGUUUUCUCAUGUCUGCCUUAUGUCUUAUAUUAGUUGUCUUUAAAAUAACAAGUAAAUUUCAGUAUUCUAUCUGGAAACAAUAAAGUAUUUACAAAGAUACAAAAAUUA